AUGUUUUUAUUACAUUUUCCCGAUACGGAAAUAAUUUGUACAUCCUGUGUAACGUAUGUGGCUGUCAACAUAUGCGGUCCUCCGUAUGUGGCUGUCAACAUAUGCGGUCCUCCGUAUGUGGCUGUCAACAUAUGCGGUCCUCCGUAUGUGGCUGUCAACAUAUGCGGUCCUCCGUAUGUGGCUGUCAACAUAUGCGGUCCUCCGUAUGUGGCUGUCAACAUAUGCGGUCCUCCGUAUGUGGCUGUCAACAUAUGCGGUCCUCCGUAUGUGGCCGUCAACAUAUGCGGUCCUCCGUAUGUGGCCGUCAACAUAUGUGGUCCUCCGUAUGUGGCCGUCAACAUAUGCGGUCCUCCGUAUGUGGCCGUCAACAUAUGCGGUCCUCCGUAUGUGGCCGUCAACAUAUGUGGUCCUCCGUAUGUGGCCGUCAACAUAUGUGGUCCUCCGUAUGUGGCCGUCAACAUAUGCGGUCCUCCGUAUGUGGCCGUCAACAUAUGUGGUCCUCCGUAUGUGGCCGUCAACAUAUGUGGUCCUCCGUAUGUGGCUGUCAACAUAUGCGGUCCUCCGUAUGUGGCUGUCAACAUAUGCGGUCCUCCGUAUGUGGCUGUCAACAUAUGCGGUCCUCCGUAUGUGGCUGUCAACAUAUGCGGUCCUCCGUAUGUGGCUGUCAACAUAUGCGGUCCUCCGUAUGUGGCUGUCAACAUAUGCGGUCCUCCGUAUGUGGCUGUCAACAUAUGCGGUCCUCCGUAUGUGGCUGUCAACAUAUGCGGUCCUCCGUAUGUGGCUGUCAACAUAUGCGGUCCUCCGUAUGUGGCUGUCAACAUAUGCGGUCCUCCGUAUGUGGCUGUCAACAUAUGUGGUCCUCCGUAUGUGGCUGUCAACAUAUGCGGUCCUCCGUAUGUGGCUGUCAACAUAUGCGGUCCUCCAUAUGUGGCUGUCAACAUAUGCGGUCCUCCGUAUGUGGCCGUCAACAUAUGCGGUCCUCCGUAUGUGGCUGUCAACAUAUGCGGUCCUCCGUAUGUGGCUGUCAACAUAUGCGGUCCUCCGUAUGUGGCUGUCAACAUAUGUGGUCCUCCGUAUGUGGCUGUCAACAUAUGCGGUCCUCCGUAUGUGGCUGUCAACAUAUGCGGUCCUCCGUAUGUGGCCGUCAACAUAUGCGGUCCCCACACUUUCACACUAGUUAAACAGCCUAAUAUUGCACAGCGUGUAAUAUAG